AGUUCUAUUGCUAGGCUGCCACGGACAUUUCUCUUUGCCGUUCGCACUUCCGCCGAAAACGAGCAGCGCAAUUAGCACCGAAUAUCUCAACGACUUCAUCCCGAGCGAGUCGAUAGAGCAGUACCAGCCGGGAGUAAGUACCUCAAGAGUCACGGAGUAAAAACUAAGACUCCCCGGGGUACUUGCGGCACUUUUAUGCCGAGCUGCAUCGCUUCGAAAUCCAUCGGUUUCGAGUGUACAUGCGGGUAGGAGCGAGCGAAAAUCGACCGAUCAAUUUCGCACGUUCGGACCGAUGGAGGAUGUAACAUCACAACAAAUUGAAAUGGUUAUUUUUAAAAGUAACGCCGCGAUUUUAUCGAAGGAAUGAUGUAAUUUAAUGGUGCUUUGUACAUUUUUUUUAUAUCCGCUAAAUUGGUGCGUAUGGUAAUGUUUAGGUGCUUGGUAAAAUGAGGAAAAAUAAUUAACUACGAAAUUAAUAAAGUUUUUUCUUAGAUUUUUUUUUCGGUUAUAAUUGGAUGAAAAAAUUAAAAUAGUUUUAAGUAGCCGCAAUACGCCGCAUCGCAAGCGCCGCUAUAUUUGGCGGAAUUAAAUAAAGCCAACUAAAAAUUGUCUGGCAACGGAUCCUUCCUCCAGGAACAUUUUAAAAAUAGACAGCUGGACAAUUCUGGGCCGCUUGGCUACAAUGACACAUUUUUUUCCUUAUCGCACGCUGACCGCCGACAUGUCCGAUCAGCAAUUCGUACUGCGAUGGCACUACCACGAAUCGACGCUGGUGCACAUCCUGCCGUACUUCCUCGACGCCGACAUCCUCACCGACGUCACCAUCGCCGUCGAGAACCGCGAGAUCAGGGCCCACAAAAUGGUACUGGCCAUGUGUAGUGUGUAUUUCCUCCAGCUGUUUCAGGAGUUGAAAUGUACACAUCCGGUAGUGGUGUUGCACAACGUCGGUUUCGAUGAGAUUAAGGCCGUUUUGUCGUUUAUGUACAAGGGCCAGUGCGUGGUGUCGCAGGACCAAUUGCCCAGUUUGCUGAGCGUCGCGAAACUUCUAAAAAUCCAAGGGCUUUGUGAUAUGAAGGUACCUGAAGCUCGACAACGAAUUAGCAUACCUAACGAAUCGACUGAGAAACUAUACGAAGAGGAGUUCAACAGGACAACGCAGUACGUCGAACAGCCGGAGAAUCUCGAAUUCAAAAGCAGAAUGCCCAAUAACGCGCCUGCAGAGAUCAAAUUCGACGAACAUCCAGCUUAUAAACCAGCGGAUUAUUUCAACGAUUCGGCUGUUGUACCGCUGGAACCGAUUCCUCAUUGUCCGUACCCGAGGAAAUGCCCGAUCGCCGUGAAGGAACCCAGGGAAUCCUCGGAGACUUGCAAGUGUUUCCUGUGCGGUAAAUACCUGAGCAAUCAGUAUAACUUGAGGGUGCACAUGGAGACCCACGAGGAGGCCUACCACGCCUGCCAGUCGUGUCCGCACGUCUCCAGGAGCAGGGACGCUCUCAGGAAGCACGUGUCCUAUAGGCAUCCCGAAGAGUAUCACAACAGGAAACGGAAAAAAAUCGAUAUUUCACAAUGAAAUUUUAAAUAUUAAUAAACGAUGUGAUUUGAUUAACAUUUAUUUGUGCUUCAUUGAAUGCUGGGGAAAAUCUCAA